ACUAAUCCCAAAGCCUCUUACACUUUAAGCAUUUUCAUGUAACGGGCCAGACCCAGAAGACAAAACUUAAUCUUUGAGUGUAGAGAGUGAGAUCUAAGCCUCUGAAAAGCGUACCUUUCUUGGGGUUUUAACUCUUUAACACGGCUGGUUAUGAUUCUUUACUUACAUUUAUGUUUCAAGCUUCGAAACACUGUAUUUUUAUGUUGUUUUCUGAUGACUUGCAUUGUGGGAUAUCCAUUUCUUGAGAUUGAAGUUUAUUUCUCUCUGUGUUUUGAUGAUUGGCAUUUUUUUUUUGUAGCAGGUGAUUUGAAUUGAAAAUGGUUGAUGCUUGUUGAUUUAAUUUGAGAGAGAGAGAGUGAGAGAAAGUUGGAAUGGCUGGUGAGAUUGAAGAGCCUUGCAGCCUUAGUUUUCAGUCAGGUUCUUUGCACUCUGGUUCUAUAUCGUUUGGAAGAUUUGAAAAGGAACCCUUAUCUUGGGAAAGGAGAUCGUCUUUUUCACACAAUAGGUACCUUGAAGAGGUUGAGAAAUGCUCUAAACCGGGUUCAGUCAUUGAAAAGAAGGCUUAUUUUGAAGCUCACUUCAAGCGGAAGGCUCUUCUGCUUCAGGGUUCGUCCGAGUGCCAAAAUGCAAAUGAAGACCAAACUGGUGAAAAUGAUGUCUUUGAGAGUGAGGGUUAUAGAGAUGGAUAUGAAAAUGUAGCUGAAGGUAGUUGUUGUGAUCAAUUUGAUAGAACUGCUUUUGAGAAUCUGGAUGUGCACCACUCAGAAGAUCUUAAUGAUAAACAAGAGAGUCAUGACUACCACGUUGAUGAGAAUGUCUCAGAGACUGCAAACUGGAGACAGGAUAUUGACAAUGGGAAUGAAAGGAACCAAUUUUAUUCUGCAAAUGGAACUAACCAAUUGACUCACUUUGAUGAGAGCCCUGAAGGUUCAGAUUAUCAUGGAGAGCUUGAUGUAAUGGAAUGUGAAAGAGAAGAUCCUUCAGUUUUGCUUGCAGAAACUCCAAUGGGAGCUACUUGGGCCAAUGCUGAUGUUUUGGUCAACACUGCUGCUGAAGAUGUUAAAUCCCUGGAAACAUUUCAAACUGGAACUGUCUGUGACAAGUCACUUCCAAGUAAUGAUGAAGCAGAGAUAGAACUACAGAAGAACUCUAAUAAUGAUGUGGUUGAUGUAAAUGAAUCUUCUAAAACCAUCAGCUUGUCCCCCAAGAAUAGAGCCACUAAGAAAGUUGAUAAAUCUAGUUCGGAAAAUAGGAAAAAUCUUUCUCCGAAGACUAGAGUUCCCAUGGCAAAUAAGUCUGGUAAGUCUAAAUUGAAUUCUCAGAGCCAUGUCCAAAAGCCUGUUUCUCUCGAGACUUCAAAAGCUGCUGCAAAGAACCAGGACAGAAUGGAAAAAGGUAGUCCAGGGAGGAUGAAAACAGAAAAGCAGUCAUUAAGAUCAUCCACUCCAGUUAUGCGUUCAUUACAGAGAUCGCCUAAGACUCAGGAAUCUGAAAGUUCUGCUUCAAAAUCAAAGGUUGGGAGUAAGAGUGAAAAAAAUCUGCUGAGAGCCAAGAAAGUAAUUGAGUCCCAACCUUCUGCGUCAAAUAAGAUUGAUCCUAGAGGUCGCCAAAUGCCAAAUAGGCCUAAGCAGACUGCAGCCGAUUCAAGAAGCCCAGUCAUGAGGCCAAGUUCUGCAGCAUUCAGUUUCAAAAGCAAUGAACGGGCAGAAAGGAGGAAAGAGUUCGACAUGAAGUUGGAGGAAAAAAUGCAUGCUAAGGAGGCUGAAAUGAAUCAGAUACGAGCAAAACCACAGGAAAAGACACAGGCCGCAAUUAGACAAUUCCGGAAAAGCCAUAAUUUCAAAGCAACGCCAAUGCCUUCUUUCAAUCAAGCCACUGCACUGCCUGGAUCUGAUGGAAACAAGGCACCAGCUAAAUUACAACAUCAGUCGACAAAUCCAGGGACCAAAAGUACUGCAAGAUCACCAAUGCUUUCCAAGGCCAGAAAAGACAAAGGCCUUGCCAUGAGUGAGUUUGUAAACACUGGUGAUAAACCUGGAUCCUCAGAAGCAUCAAAGUCCUCAACAACUGAGCUAUCUGAGGUCUCUUCAGCUCCCCUAAGCCAUAGCAGCAUUCAUCAUGAAGCCAGAAUGAAAAAUGGGAACACAGAGAGGAAACAGCGAGAGAAAGAGAGAAGUCCGAGUUUGCAGAAACAUCGACUAUCAGAGACCAGUAAGGCAACAAAAGACCACAGAAGUGAGGUGAAACCAAAAGUGGGAGCUCGAAGAAAUAACAACAUGAUGAUGAGGAAGAGUGUGAAAGAUACUGUUGUUGGCAGCAGUUCCGGAGUAGGUCAUCUAGGCUAUGUAGCAGUUGGAGUAGCUUCUUGAACAAAGCAAGCCUAUAUUUCACACAUUCGCAUACUGCCUUGAGAAGAAGUUACCAUUACCCGUAUCAGCAAAAUCCAAUGGUUAUGAAGCAAUACUAAUUGCAAAUGCAGAGCUUUGCCAGUGAGAUUCAAUAGUUGGCAUGUUUGUUUGAGCAUAGUGUUGAUGAAAAAUCAUUUGAGGGUUGCAUUUCAUGCUCGUAACUCUGUUUUUCCAAGUAUUUUAUGUAUGCAGAAUGUAAUGUGACAUGUAGCUGAAUAGAGAAUAAUGGUGGCAUUUGAGAUUGGAAUUUUCUCCUCCCCACCAAAUAUAUGGAACUUCAUUCAUCAGUAGAAGUUGUAAUUUAUUAAGUCACUCUUUAGCAUGUAAUAACUUAUAUAUCUUUCAUUUGUCUUAAA